AUGGAGCUGAAGGCGGAGAAAAAAGACAACGAUGACGAUGAAAGCGGUGGUCGACAGCGACAGUAUCGCAACAGCACCACCGUUGCAGCUGCGUCGGUUGCAAUGGAUGUCGAUGCGGCAGCGAACGGUAAUGGCGACGCGAUCUCGGAUCAGGAGAUUGUGGAGGUUGGCAUUGAUGAGGAUCACAUCAAGUUUCUCACCAGCAUGCACUCGGGCGACGAGGAACCGACGAACGGGCACCGUGCAUCGUUGGUUGCACACCGGAGCGCCACAAAUGGGGUCGCCGGAAAUGGACGGGACAGGCGGGCGGUUAUCGAGCGUAGCAGUAACACCGUCGCCACCGGAAAGCAUCGUCGUUCCGCCAUGUUGCGCAUUCCAGCACAUCGGAAUGGUGUGUUGAAUGGGUUGAAGGUACAGCAACAGCGUGGCAACGGUGCAAUCGGGUACAGUGAGGAUGAAUCGGACGGUGACGAUGACGGCGAUGAAGACGACGACGACGACGAUGAUGAUGAUGAUGAUGAUGACGACGACGACGAGGAGGAUGUGAUGGUCGUCGCCGCGAACAUCCUAUCGAAGACGGCACAGAGGUCAUCGUUGCUUGGUGGCACGGGCCGGACGUAUCAGUGUGACGUUUGUCCGCGGAUAUUUCAUCGGCCGGAUCAUUUGCGCUACCAUAUGCGUAUCCACGAGAAGAACAAUCCAUUCGAGUGCAAGCUUUGCUUCAGUGUGUUUGCAUCCGAUCCGGCAUUCGCACACCACAUACGCACCGAGCACGCCGGUAUGGGGUUGGCCGAUGCAUUGCCACCGGUACCGGAAACGGAGGCGAACUUUUUCGCCUGCACGUACUGCGACAAAUCGUUCACCGAUGCGGUUGAGCUGGAGGAACAUUUACACCAGCAACAUUUAGGCAAUCGACCGUACAAAUGCAACAUGUGCCCGAAAGCGUUCAUCCGGAUGGAUUUCCUACAGUGCCACUACCUGAAGUACCACAGCUUUCAUCCCAUGGACGAUGAGGAGGAGGAGGAGGGAGAGGAGGAGGAACAAUACUUGCCAAUGGAACAGCAUCAACAGCAAUCGCAGCACGCACAGUUUGAAAAUAGGGCGAAAAGGCCCCGAUUGAUGGUGCGAAAGAUUGAAGAUUUGGUGGAUGAUCGUAUGGCGAAGAGUGCUAGAGGUGGUGUUGGUGUGUCCCGGCGUACGUCCCACACCGGCACGGGGACGAGCAUCUCGAGCGACGAACAUCGGGACGAUGAGGACGAGGACGAGGAUGGAGACGAUGAAGGGACGGGCGCGGAAAGUAGCGAUCAGCAUCAAAAGUUUCUCCAGCGAAAGGAAGCGUCUGGCGGGCGCCACUUUCUCCCGAAGCUAAGCAGUGUCCAUAGUCGGUUUCUGGUGGCCAUGGAGGAACAGCAUUCCAAAAAGUUGGCCGCAGCAGUCGCGGUCGAAGAGUGCAUUAAACAUCGGUGUCCGGUUUGCGAUCGAGGUUUCGCUCGCGAACCGGACUUGAUGCUGCACGUGCGUACUCAUCCCGAUUUACCCACCUUUAAGUGUCCGCUGUGUGAGCUGACCUUUAUCGGGUCGGAUUUUUUGAAGAAUCACCUUAAGAAGCACGUACUCGGUAAUGGUGAAGAUCCGGGUGCACCUGGUGCAAUCGACUUGACAGCUGCCCCGCCGACGGAACCAUCCGCACAAUCGACCGGUGAUGUCGGAUCGGAUCCGGUUCGUCCACUGUCCACUGCAAUGCCCUCGACGGCUAAGCUUCCGAAGCCGAUCAUUACGUCGAAACCACCUUCCACUGGCAUAUCGUUGUUGAAACCGAUCGAAGAACGGAAACCACCGGACCAUCAGCAAGAGUAUUGCGUGAAAACGGCCGACGGAAAGUUUAUGUGUACGGUUUGUGAGCGACUGUUUUCGCACCAGCAAACCGUGCGCAUCCAUUUCCGGAUCCACACGAACGAAAAACCCUACAAAUGUACAUUUUGCGAAGAGUCCUACAUCCGGUCGGAUUAUCUCGAGCGCCAUCUGAAGGUACACUUUAAGGAUGGAAUGCUGCCGGCGGUGGCGAUUGCCAGUAUGGCCGCGGCGGCUGCUGCAGUCGCAACGGGUGGUAAUCGAUCGGCUGCUUCAUCGCCGCCACUUACGGUGAAGGAGGAAUCGUUCGCUGAAAGCCCGGUCACACCGGCCGGAACAGGUACGGCGGGCAGCAGUUCCGCCAGCAAACCGCUCAUCGGUCGAGCCGGUUUGGCGCCGGAAAAUUAUCAUUUCACCGAAUCGAACGAUGGACAGUUUGUGUGCAAGAUUUGCGAUACCGUGUUCAACCAGGUGGCCUUACUGCGCAAGCACGCCCUGGCGCACACGGAGGAGAAACCGUUUCACUGCGACAUUUGCGACCGGUCCUUCAAUAGGGUAGAUUAUCUGAAGGAACACUUCAAAUCGAAACGGCACCUACAACUGGUGGCCGAAGCUGCCACGGGUGGCGAUAGUUUAUCAGCGCCGGCAACACGCGCCGAUGAGGAAGAUGAUGAUUCCACGAUGGAUGAUGGUGUUUCGUCGAUGGCUCGAUCCAAAUUGACGGGGAGUAAAAGUACCGCGAAAGUAUCCUCAUCACCCGCCGUCGGUGGGGCUGAGGUGACUAAUGGCGACAGAGGUGCACGCGGAGCAGAUGCGAAGGGUAACGGUAACAGUAAUAGUAGCAGUAGCAGCAAUAGUAGCAGCAGUAGCAGCCGAAGUAGCAGCAGUAGUCGAAGCAGUAACAAUAGCAAUAGAAACAAUACCUCCGUUACGUCCAAUCCGAGUCCACCGAAGCAGAAGCCCGGUACGACUACACCGCCGGUGGGCGGCGAAGCUGAGUCACGAUCGGUGCUGGGUGAGUUUCACCGAUCGGAUUACGAACGCACCAGCGACGGACGGUACAAAUGCAACCAGUGUGAUAAGACGUUCGUGACGGCGGUCACGCUGAAGAUGCACAUCCGGUUGCACACGGGCGAAAAGCCGUACAAGUGCGACAAGUGUGAUAAGGCGUUCAUUCGUUCGGAUUAUCUGAAGACGCAUGAAAAGUGCCACCGGCAGGAAUCGUUCCUGAACAUGCUUUCGCUAACGACAUCGAAGGAACCGAGCACGGCCUCGGAAGCGGGUGAUUCGGAUGCGGACGGUGGUGAGGCGGAAGAGGAACACACGCAAGAGGGCAACCGGUCGAUGCUAGGGAGUGGUACGAUUAGCGGAGGAAACGACACUGCCGGUGGAGACCAGAAUGAGGAAGAAGAGCAAGAAGAUGAUUCCGAAGAAGAAGAAGGCGAAGAAGAAGAGGAGGAGGAAUCGGAAGAAAGCGAUGAUGACGAACAGGUAAUCGAAGUGAUGGUAAAGGAAGCGAGCUGCUCCGAAAGUGAGGAUGAUGAGGAGGACGCUGAGGAAGAGGAGGAUGAAGAGGAGGAAGAGGAAGAAGAAGCGGGUGGACAGCAUACUCUGUAUGCGGCCAACAACAGUACAAACCGGAACGCAUCCAGCACAAUGAACGUAACAAAAAACUCGCGAAAGGAAAAAGUAUCGAGUAAGCGAAGAAACCGAACGAAAGCUUCCGUUUCUUCGAAUCGUAGUUUCGCGGCAACUAGCGGUGGAGACAGCAGCAACAAUGGGUAUGACCACGAGGAUGACAGCACAUCCCAGGCCAGUGGACCAGCCAGCGGUCAUCAGUAUGGCGGAGCCGAAUCGAUGCAUAAUGGCCAGAAGGGCAAACACCGGUGUCCGAUGUGCGAUAAGCUGUUUGCCUGGCCCAAGUCACUCAAAAUUCAUCUUCGUACGCAUACGGGCGAGAAACCUUAUCGGUGCGAUGUGUGUGGCAAAUGCUUCGGACGGUCGGACAGCUUGCGAGGCCAUAAGCGGACACACACUGAGGAAAAGCUCAUGCAGUGCCAUUUGUGCGACGUUAGCUGUACCACCGCGGCCGAGCUGGUACAGCAUCAGUAUUCAGCGCACGGUUUGCAGCCAUUGGAAAGUUAG